UUCACAGUCAUAACUAAGUACACUUGAAUACAUCAAAUACCAAGAAAGAGAAACUUAGAGAGAAAGAGAUAACAUGGCGAGUGAGAAAAUGUGGGGAGGGUUAAUGAAUAGUGUGAAACCAUACUUAGCAAUGAUAUCUAUGCAAUUUGGUUAUGCCGGUAUGUACAUAAUCACCAUGGUCUCUCUUAAACAUGGCAUGAACCAUUACGUCCUAGCUGUUUAUCGCCAUGCAAUUGCCACUGCCGUCAUCGCUCCGUUUGCUCUUUUUCAUGAAAGGCCGGUGCUGGAUCAGAACCUCUACUACGUCGGGAUGACUUACACGUCAGCAACUUUCGCUUCGGCUACCGCUAAUGUCCUUCCGGCCAUUACCUUCGUGUUGGCCAUUAUUUUCAGAUUAGAGAGCGUGAACUUUAAGAAGGUACGAAGUAUAGCCAAAGUUGUAGGAACGGUGAUCACAGUCUCCGGAGCACUUCUCAUGACUCUCUACAAAGGUCCAAUCAUUGACUUUAUAAGAUUCGGUGGUGGCGGAGGAAGCGGUGACGGUGCCUCCCACAGUGGUGCAUCAGCGGCGGCGUUGGAUAAACACUGGAUUCCGGGAACACUUAUGCUCUUGGGAAGAACUUUUGGUUGGGCCGGUUUCUUCAUUCUACAAUCGUUUACACUGAAGAAGUAUCCAGCUGAGCUGUCACUAACAGCGUUAAUAUGUCUAAUGGGAACGUUAGAAGGAACCGCCGUCUCAUUGGUAACGGUACGUGACUUGAGUGCUUGGAAAAUCGGCUUCGACUCUAAUCUCUUCGCUGCUGCCUACUCCGGGGUGAUUUGUUCGGGAGUGGCGUAUUACGUGCAAGGAGUAGUGAUGAGAGAAAGAGGACCAGUUUUUGUUGCGACAUUUAAUCCACUUUGUGUCGUUAUAACUGCUGCUCUUGGUGUUGUUGUCUUGUCUGAAAGUAUUCAUCUCGGAAGUGUGAUUGGAACGUUAUUUAUAAUCGUGGGCCUAUACACUGUUGUAUGGGGUAAAGGCAAAGACAAAAGAAUGAUGGAUGAUGACGAAAAUUGCAAAGGACUUCCGGUUAAAACUCCAGUUAAACCGGUAGAUACCGGUAAAGACUUAGCCGUAGAACUGGAGAUGAAACCAAAGGAAGGUCAAGUGACUAAGGCUACUCAAGUUGAGAUUUGAGGAUGCUUAUGUGAUGAUGGAGACAUAAAUCAGUGUUUCUUUCUUUGUAUAUUUUAAGUUUAUGUUUUUUGCUUUCCAAGGUUACAGAAAGAUUUUGGCACAUCAGAUGUAAUAUGAUGAGAUGAAUCAAUCAUCUUAUAGUUU